UCCUCCUGUUUCAGGGCCAAAGUUUAAUUUUAGUUUUAAUCUGAGUAACUAACGUACGGCAUCUAAACAUUGGCAGCCGCGCUCAUCUCGAAACCAGACGCGGGUAGGAAGGUGGACUUUAGAGCUCUGUUACAUCAGAAGUGAUUAAAGUGCUCACACGGUGACUGUACGCUGUAGUUAUUUAUUCUGUAGAGCAAAAAUCAAACAAUAAUCUCAUUAACAUCAGGAUUAACCAUGUUGGGAUCAUCACACUGAUUCGUCCGUUACAGGGUCAGGAGGGCUCCACUCGAAGAACAUUCCAGAAGUAAAAAAGGACCAGAUGGGCGCGUGAGCAAAUCAUCAUCACCGUGUAAAGAUGGACGCUCGUGGCUGUUCCUCUCGCUGAAAUGGGCUUUUGCGAAGAUGUGCGUGGCCAUGGUGAUCAUUCAGACUAAAACACUGGAAAAGAAGGUUGUCGAUGAUGUAACCUCCAAAGACUCGAGCUUGGACUUGCGCGAGCCAUCGACCAUGAGCCAGGGAACGGCCCUCUUCUCCUGUGGAAUCAUGGACUUUGUUAGUGUUGCCCAGCGUCCUGUGGGUUCAAGUCUGGAGAGCCUGUGGGACUCGGGUGCGAGCAGCGCCAGCUCCAUCAGUGGCCUUCUCCGGGACCUGAGCUUGAGCGAAGCACCGUCACCCAGCAAGCGGCAGUGCCGGUCUCGGUCCUGCUCCGACGAGCUGAACUGGCGGUCCCCGUGGCGCCCGCAGGCCUCGCGGCUUUGGACGGCCGUGGAGAAGCGGCGCUGUCACAGCGGGGGGGCCAUUUUGCCCUCGUCUUCAUCGUCGUCCUCGUCCAUCUUCUCCAGCAUGCAGCGGAGCUCCAGUUUCAGCUUUCCCACCCGCUCGAACCUUCCGGAGUCGGCAUUCCCUCGGUCGUUCACAGCAGUGACUUUUGACCCGUCUCGCUCGUUUUGCUAUUCCCAUGAGAGGAUUUGCCUGGCUGAGAUCGACGCCGCCGCCCCGGAGGCCGGUUCUCCAGACUCCGCCUCCGAGGCGGGAGGACUCGCACGGAGCCAGUCGCAGCCUUGCGUACUGAACGACCAGAAAAUUGGGAUGAAGCGCCGUCGACCGGACGAACCCCACAAACAGAGGCCGUCGCUCGAUUUGGUUAAGAUGACCCAGAAACAGAAUUUCCAGAGCCUUAGUUGUAAUCACUUUAACAGCGACGACGGCUGUCAAUUAUGCCAGACCCCGUCCUCUUUCAACAGUCCCGUCCACCAGAGCAGGAAGGCGUGUCCCCUCAGCCCCAAAGAAGACGACUCAUCCGUUAUCGACGAAUCAGACGCCGACUGGACCAACGGGAAGGAUCAGGAGCCUCCGUGGGCGGGGCUGUGCGGGUUGAAGAGGGACAUUUUGGGUGGAGAACUCGAUAUCGAGCAGAUCGAGAGAAAUUGAGACUUUUUUUUGUGUGACUGUUUUCGACGUCCUCGGGUUCUCGUGCUCCCCCGCGUUCCGGUGGGGGAUAAAAUCGGACUCAGGAGAAACAGACGCUCACAAACGGAAUUGUGGGACGUUAGGAUGACUCAGGUUGAAUCUUGAAUAAAAAAAAAAAAAACAGAGUGGAUUGUGGGAUAUCUGGGUUUCUACUCACGCUCUGUUGCAGAUAUUGUAGCUUUUUUUUUUCUUAUUAUUCUUCCUCCUUUACUUUAUCUUUUAAAGAAGGAUGAAGCUCGGGCGAACGUUCUUAGAGUCCCGCCUGUCUGUCUGCCUGUCUGUCUGUCUGUCUGUGCUGAAUGAGGAGUGAACGGAAUGAAAAUAUAAAUCUAUAUUUUUAAGGAUGUAUUCAUUUUUUUUCCUGCUCCGUUCAUCCGGAUGUGCACGGCAUCGUCGAGAAGGACGGAAAGGAAACUAGACGAAGGUCAUGAGAGACGACUGCCGUAAAUCUGCGGACUUGCUGUUGAACUUGCACUGGCAUUGAUGCACACAUUACACGCAUACGCACACGUACACACAGCACACACACUCAUUCACUCACUCACUCACACACACACGCACACCUCACAGUGAAAAGCUUGGAAAAGGGUUUCAGGUUGAAUGAUAAUUUCAAGCUAAUAGAAUUUAAUUCCUCUUUUUACGAAGUGUAACGUAAAAUGUACUUAUUUCUAUAUGAAUAAACAAUGUUUAAAGUGUGUUUGUAAA